UCAAGCAAGUGGUCAAGGAAAACCCGGCCCUUUGAAUGUCAUUGAUGCGUACAGUGAACAAUGCUAUCGCUUGGUACAUUCUAGACUCCAAACACACAAACACACACUCGACUACGGUUGUCGCGACAACCAGACCUUGGUCUAUGCGCGGAUGCAGCUUUCGGCGAUUUCCUGCAUUUGUGGCAAACGAACGGAUCGCCGCGGACUUCGUCAUCUCUUUCUCCGACGCGAAAUGACAAUCUUCACCGAGAGAUUCGUGCAACAGAAUGGUGAUUGAUAUCUGGGUCCAGGAACUCUUCCGAUCAGCGACUACAUGGCGUCUUAUGUCCUCGAAACGUUUUGCAUGUUGUUUCUCCUUUCAAAUCUGCCGGCUGAUUUAUUUUAUGUAUUCCCCAUAUUGGCCAGUCUGUUUAAUUUUUUUUCUUAGCGAGAAGCAUGGCGUCUCAAAAUCAACAAUAUCGUGGUGGCCAUGCAUGGCUUCAUUGAGAGAGCAAGAAAAUCCGACCGAGGUCGUACCGCACUGGCCGGGUUGGUGUUCUCCGUUCAUUCUUGGCACACCUUCUAGAUCGCAACCGAUUUCGUCCGCAUGGAGACAGAACAGAGAUUGAACGUUGGCACAUUGGCACGUUGUCAAUUUGUCCGCUCAUCCGGGACAGGUAUACAAU